AUGGAGUCGUCAUAUCAUCGAUCCAUCAAAAAGUCGACAAGAGAUGAUCCUCCACGAUUUGCCAUCAAAUCCAGAAAUACCAUUCCUGAGAAAGAUAAUCGGCACCGUGACUCAGAAUUGCCCUCGACUGUUAUAAACGAUAACAAAUCUGAUUCAAAACAUAUGAAGGAAGGGAUGAGAUUGAUAUCGGACUUCAAUGAAUUUGCAGACAAUUUAUCCGAAUACUUCUCUCCGACAAAUUGUAAUUACAACGUUAUAGCUGCUAUCGGACCGCAAGGUUCCGGAAAGUCGACGAUACUGAGUAUGCUUGCUGGAAAUACAUCGAGACAAAUGUAUCGCGAGUACGUGUUCCGUCCGGUUUCUCGAGAAGCUAAUGAACAAUCACGACAUCAAACAACGAAAUUAGAAAUUUUUGUCGCAAACGGACACAUUUUCAUCGACUGUCAACCAAUGCACAGCUAUUCGAUUGCAGAACAAUCGAAUUUCCGACAAAAGGGAACCAAUGCUUCUUACACGGAUGAGAGUUGGAUGCUUCGGAUGUUAGCUCUUCUGAUAUCAGUUAGUCAUACGAUUCUGGUUUGCACCGAAGUUAUAAUCGACCGAAAUAUCAUUUCAACUAUUCGAAUGGCUGAAUUGAUUCGCCCGACAUUGAGUACAUUUGAUCUGAAGUUGUCGAUCGAACGAAAAACAAAUUUGGUUUUUGUUCAUACAAAAGCAAAGAGACGCGAUUUUGAGCCAAGCUGCUCUUGUAUUCCAGAUAGCAAUGAUAUUGAUAUGCAGACAGAGGAUCAAGCCUUAGAUGAGUUUGAUCAGUCAAUUCUAUCAAUUCGACAAGAACUUAUAAAACAUCGCAGCAAUUUCACGACCACGCCUGGAGUAUUAACCGAACGAAAGUGGCUCGACCUUUGCAAGAGUGUGUGGAAUGAUGAGAAUAUCAUAUUUGCGAUUGGAGUUUUCGAUGAUAUGACUCGCGAUUCCUACUAUUUCAACGAAACGACUCAUCUAUUCCCAACAAAACCAAGGAUGUAA